AUGGCGCUAAUUGAAAACUUGUCAAUUUGUGAUUUUUCCAGCGAAAGCAGGAAAUACAAAGCAGAUAGUUUGCUCAAUAAAGAUGAGACUUCCUGGAAAUGUGACUACUGGCAAGACAACUGCUGGAUCAUUGUGGAUCUUAUUGAGCAACAUGUGCUGGAGCGUCUUUCAAUCACAAAUGCAUACUCUGCUUUCAUUGAGGUGUUUGUCUCGGACAAAGCAGACAGCGACUACAAGGUUUUGGUGCCCGUCUUCUGUUCCAUGUCUCCCAAUGAUUCUAAAGAAAAGUCCAACUGUAAAGAAAAAAAAACUAAUACUUUGACGCGACAAUUUUCUUUCUUUGGAAAAUUCAAACUUAAAAAGGCACCAAGUAACUUCAAUAAAGACGCUUUUUCAUCGCAUGAUUUAAAGUAUAAGAAAGAUUUAAUAGGAAGGAAAGAUGAAGAGAAGCCUAAAUUGAGGCGCCUUGAACAACAGUGUGAAGCAAAAAGCACAGAAGCUGAAAAAGAGACGCAAAAGCAGAAGGAGAAAAAGAAUAAGGAAAGAGAAGAGCAAAAAGAAAAGUCUGCCAGCGGAAAGGGACCGCGAAAGGAUAAAAAAGAUCGAACAGAAGCGGAGGAGAAGGAGAAGGAGGAAGAUGGCGGCAGUAGUGAAAGGAAGAGGGCGAAGAAAAUGGAGAAGCCAAUUAAGGAGACUACCGCAUCUGGUGGCAGUGCCGGGGCUGCCGGUACUGAAACAGGCCGCAGCAGCAGUAGCAGCCAAGGGAGCCAGACUGUGCCGCGAGCCGCAGCCACAGCCACAGCCGUCCGGCAACAGCCGUCAACAUCGGCAGCCGCAGCGGAGCCGACGAAGGGGAAGAAGAGUGUCUCAGGGAGUAGUAGUGGCACUAGGCCAGCGAAGCCCUUUGAACGGCAGAUGGAAGAUGUGGUCUUUGUCCUCAGUGGAUUCGUGAACCCUUUUAGAGCGGAGCUGCGCGAGAAAGCCACUACAAUGGGCGCCAAGUACGAGCCCAACUGGAACUCUAAUUGUACACAUUUAAUCUUUAUGAUUGGCACUUACGAGGGCCCGGAUACAGACGAGGAGGAGGAGGACGGCGAGGAAAGGACGGCAAAGGAGCCAUAUACAGCAGCACAGAGGAACGAUCGUGCCGAGACGAAGCAGCGACCAGAGGCGAGUGUCGCCGCUAAUGAUAAGCGAAGUGGUACCACCACCAAUGGCUACGACUCUGACGAAAUUUACGAUUUGGACACUGAAUCAGAAGACGAUGAUUAA